GCUGCGUACACAAGGUCUCAAACUUAAGAUCUUACUUAAACUGGAACAAACCGCUUACCACUUGAUCCAACCCUUUCGUUGUUAAACAUGGAAAACAUGAGGCCUGACUGAAAGCAAAAAUCUCUCUAUAAAAGCAAGUUAUUUGUUUCUUCCCAAUCUGCAAAGCUGUUGGAGUUCUAGUCUUGUGGCAAAUAAGGCAGAAAUAAGGACACCAAUUUAGUCCUCUAACCCCAGAAGAUGAGGUCUGUAUCAAUGGCUCUAUCUCUGCCUCUGGCCUCGCAUACUUCUGUUCCUAAAGUCAUUUUAUCUGGACGUAUGCGACCUCCAUCAUCUCGUAGUUGCUAUGCUUCUUCUCAAGUUCAAUCCACGUCUGCCAUCAACAUGUCUGAUCAGGCAAUUGCUAGGCGGUCUGCAGAUUACCAACCUCCCAUCUGGAGUUUUGAAUAUAUUCAGUCAUUGAAAACUGAAUAUGUGGUAUUAUAUAUAUAACUUCUGGUAGUUCUAACUAUUCUAGCUAGUUAAACUAAAUGUUUUGAUAGAGUAUUUUUACACAUGCAGGGAGAAGCAUACAACAUGCGUAGGGACAAGUUAAAGGAAGAUGUGAGAGUGAUGCUACAAGAGGAGGUGGAUGAGGAUGGACUCGAGCUCAUCGAUCACUUGCAAAGACUUGGAUUAUCUUACCAUUUUGAAGAUGAAAUAAAGAAAUCUUUGGACAGAAUAUACAGCAAGAAUCAUGGAAAUUAUGGGCUCAAGAAAGACAGUCUAUAUGCUACAGCUCUUGAAUUCAGAAUCCUAAGACAACAUGGGUAUAAUGUACCUCAAGAGAUUUUCAAUGGUUUCAUAGAUGAGAGUGGAAACUUUAAGGCUUGCCUCGGGGAGGAUUACAGGGGAAUGCUAUAUCUGUAUGAAGCCUCAUUCCAUUCAGUGGAAGGUGAAAGCAUAUUAGACGCUGCAAAAGCUUUCGCGACCAAACAUCUCAAAGAAUAUAUUAAGGUUAACCGAGGCAAAGAUAUGUAUCUUUCCACACUAGUGAGUCACGCCCUAGAGCUGCCGCUUCACUGGAGGAUGCUUAGGAUGGAAGCAAGAUGGUUCAUAGAGGUUUAUCAACAAAGUCCCCUUGUGAACUCCAUCUUGCUUGAUCUUGCUAAGUUGGAUUUUAAUCUGGUGCAAGCAACCCACCAAGAAGAUCUAAAACAUGCAUCAAGGUGGUGGAAGAGAACAGGUCUUGGGGAAAAGUUGGGGUUCAUCAGGGAUAGGUUGGUGGAGAAUUUCCUAUGGCCAAUUGGGGAGUUAUAUGAGCCUUAUUAUGGAUAUUACAGAAGAAUGGCAACACAAGUCAACACACUAAUAACAACAAUAGAUGACAUUUAUGAUGUCUAUGGAACACUGGAUGAACUUGUGCUUUUUACUGAAGCUGUUGAGAGAUGGGAUAUCAAUAGAAUUGAAAAUCUCCCCAACUACAUGAAGUUAUGUUUCUUUCAGCUGCACAACUCUAUAAAUCAAAUGGCUGCUGACAUUUUUAGGGAACAAGGACUAGACAUCCUUCCUUAUUCAAGAAAAGUGUGGACAGAUUUAUGUAAAACUUAUUUGUUGGAAGUUAAAUGGUACCAUAGUGGAUACACACCAACUCUACAAGAGUACCUUGACAAUGCAGUGGUUUCCGUAGGAGCACCUAUAAUACUACAUUAUGCUUAUGCUCUUGUUUCAAAUCAAAUAACGAGGGAGGGCUUGGAAUGCUUUGAACGGGAGUAUCCUAAUGUCAUUCAUUGUUCGUCAUUGCUAUUGAGGCUUGCAAAUGAUUUGGGAACAUCACCGGACGAGAUGAAAAGAGGUGAUGUUCCUAAAUCAAUUCAAUGCUACAUGAAUGAAACUGGAGUUUCUAAUGAAGAUGCUCGUGAAUAUAUUUGGUAUUUGAUUGAAAUAACAUGGAAGAAGCUGAAUAAAGAACGACUUGAGAUCUCUUCUCUUCCUUUGACAUUAAUUGGAACUGCAAUGAACCUUGCAAGAAUGGCUCAGUUUAUGUAUUUGUAUGGAGAUGGUCAUAGUUCUCAAGAUCAAGUGACUAGAAAUCGCAUAUUAUCUUUGGUUGUGAAUCCCAUUUCCUGAAGUGGAAUGGCUUUGCUACAUUAAUUUUCAGCAAAGGUAGACCAACUUCACAAGGAAGUUUUUGCUGCGUCAAUAAUCAUUGGAGAUGAUAGUUACUUCUUCUCUUGAAGGGGAAUGGUAAUAUAAUUUAAUUUCAGAC